AUGCGAGAUAAAAUAGAAAAAGUAUGGCUUGAGUUCCAAGUACAAAGUGCAAUAGAGUUAGAGACAAGUAUAGAAAAACAAGCGGAACAGAGAGAUGACUUCGAGGACUCCUUUUAUAAGAUAAUGGCCGAAAAGUUCAUUAAAAAAUCAGAUGCAGUUGAAUUACCCCCGCUCACAUUACCAGUAUUUUCUGAAAUAUUUAAUCAUACAAUAACGCGUGAUGAAACCGGCAGAUUUAUAGUAAAAUUACCAUUUUGUAAUCAACCAACUGGUCUCGGAGGUUCUUACGAAAUAUCCAAUCGUCGAUUGUUAUGUUUAGAGAAAAGAUUUAAGAGUAAUAUAAAAUUAAAGGCUGAAUAUUCAAAAUUUUUGUCAGAAUACGCAAGCUUAGGACAUAUGACGGAGAUAAUUGAUGAAAAGGAACAGGACAAGUCAAUAUGUUGUUAUUUACUUCAUUAUGCGGUGUACAAUGAAAAUAGCACUUCUACUAAAAUCAGUGUGGUAUUCGAUGCAUUGUGCAAAACAGCAUCGGGUGUAAAUUUAAACGAUUGUCUAUUAAAAAGACCAACUAUUCAAAAUGAAUUAAUAUAUAUUUUAGCCAGGUUUCGCACACAUAAGUUUGUUUUAACUAGUGAUAUUGUAAAAAUGUACCGUCAGAUAAGAGUCACAGAAGAGGAUAACAAGUAUCAACAAAUCUUAUGGCGCGAAAAUCCAGAAGAUGUCGUUCGGACGUUUAAAUUAGAAACCAUAACGUAUGAUACAGCACCAGCUAGUUUUUUUAGCUACUGCUUGUUUAAAAAGUUAGCUGUUGAAGAAAAAACAAAUCAUCCCAAGGCAUGUGAAGUAUUUGGUUGUGAUUUUUACAUGGAUAAUUUACUUACAGGAGCGCAAUCUAGAGAAGAAAUUGUUAAUUUACAAGGUGAUCUUAUUGCUGUAUUCAAAAAAGCUGGAAUGGAGUUGUUAAAAUGGACGUCUAACAUACCUGAUUUAUUAAGUGAAAGUAAUGAUCAUAUGAAGGUAAAAUUAAAGGAAACAGAAGGUCUAUUAAGUUCAAAUUCAAAGUUAAAUAGAGUUUUAGGUUUAUUAUGGGAAGUGCUAAGUGAUGUUUUUAAAUAUAAUGUGUUAAAAAUGACGGAAGAUAGUAAUGUUCCAAAGAGAACUAUUUUAUCUUAUAUAUCAACGAUAUUUGACCCAUUAGGAUUAGUCAGUCCGGUAGUUUUACGAUGUAAGCUACUGAUACAGAAAUUAUAA